CCGGGCCGGCCCGUGGGACAGGCUGGUACCAGGGGUCGUUCUAGAGGGGCAGAGUCCGAGGGUCUACUCCAGAAGACUGGGCCGGGGCUGCCCAGCCGGUAGGGCCCGGGGCAGUGCCGCGCUGAGGGCUGGGGACUCGGGGCUAACGGUUUCCGCCCCGCCUGCCCCGUCCCUCACCUGGUCCCGCCCCUCCAGGCCCGGCUCCGCCUCCCACCUGCCUUAGCCCUGGUGCUGCCUCUCCUGCUCCGGAGAGGGCCGGCUUACGCUCGCGCCCCGGCUUCAUCGCAGCGCCCCUCCCCUCUGGGGGAGCUGAGGGAGGUGCCAGGGCAAAAAGCGCGAGGGCGGGGCCGCGGGCCCUGUGACGCCACGGCGGUGGCCCGGGUUGGUACGUCACGGAGGAGACACCCGUUGUCGUGACGUCAUCAGAGGGAGCUGUGCCCAGAGACUCGAGCGUAGAGGCCGCCCGGCGGACGUCCAGCCCAGGUAGCGGGAGGGCGCUGCUGCAGCGACGCCAGGAGUCAGCGCAGGCGCACGGGUGGCGGGAUGCUGCCCGUGCUUCCCGGCGUGCUCCGCGGCGCUGGGUGCUCUGCCGCCUCUAGGCCGAGAUGGCGGCGGCCGGCGCUGUGGCGACUCGCUUGCUCCUGCUCUUGCUGAUGGCUGCGGCAGCCCCCAGCCGGGCGCGGGGUAGCGGCUGCCGGUCCGGGGCCGCUGUGCGGGGGGUGGGGGUGGAAGGCCGAGAGGGCGAGGGCUGCGGCACCGUGGGGCUGCUGCUGGAACACUCAUUUGAAAUCGAUGACAACGCCCACUUCCGGAAGCGGGGCUCGCUGCUCUGGAACCAGCAGGACGGCACCUUGUCCCUGUCACAGCGGCAGCUCAAUGAGGAGGAGCGGGGUCGGCUCCGGGAUGUGGCGGCCUUGAAUGGCCUGUACCGUGUCCGGGUCCCUCAGCGGCCUGGAGUCCCUGAUGGCCCAGAAGCCGGGGCCUAUGUCUCCUCCUUUGUACCUGCGUGCUCCCUGGUGGAGUCACACCUCUCGGACCAGCUGACCCUGCAUGUGGAUGUGGCCGGCAACGUGGUGGGCGUGUCGGUGGUGACGCACCCUGGGGGCUGCCGUGGCCAUGAGGUGGAGGAUGUGGACCUGGAGCUGUUUAACACGACAGUGCAGCUGCAGCCUCCGACCACAGCCCCAGGACCUGAGACGGCAGCUUUCAUCGAGCGCCUGGAGAUGGAGCAGGCGCAGAAGGCCAAGAACCCCCAGGAGCAGAAGUCCUUCUUUGCCAAAUAUUGGAUGUACAUCAUUCCCGUCGUCCUGUUCCUCAUGAUGUCGGGAGCACCAGACGCCGGGGGCCAGGGUGGGGGUGGCGGUGGGGGUGGCGGUGGGGGCAGUGGCCGCUGAGGGGCCUGGGGCCCCGUCCUCUCACCCAGGGGACUCCCUUCCUGCCCACAGUGCCCGUGUCCUUGUCAUCCUAAGGGGGGUUUGCUGGCCCUCCAGUCCCCUUCCUGACCCCUCCCUUGGGUUAGGGCCUCCCUGUCAGUGGCAGUGGGGCAGCUGGCCCCCAGGCCCUGGACACUCGCCUCUCCUGUGGCUCUGCUGAAGCCCCAAAGGCUCACCUACAGGACAGAGGCCAAGCUCCCAGUCCAGCUCUGACCUGUGUCCCCCGGGCCCCUCCCCUGCCCCACAGGUUGGGAACAUGCCGCUUCUCUCCAGCCUCUGUGCCUUUGUUCAUGUUCUCGCCCCUCCCGCCCCUCACCGGGCUCGGUGAGCCCCCUUACUUGUCUGUCACCGGAUGGCGAUGUGCCCCACCCCUCUGUCCACCUUUGAGGGGGCUGCUGCCGCAGGGGUGGGCUGUUCUCACAGGCCUGCUCGGCCUUUACUUGCCUGAGGCCCUGAGCAGGAGUUUAGAAUGCCUGCCACCUGGAUGCCAGGCCUUUUGAAGGCUUCGGGGCUUGAGGAAAUUAUAUUUAAAAAAAACUAACGUGUCUUGGGGUCAAGGGCCAGAUGAUGUGAACUGAAUUCCUUCCCUGCUGGCUGCCUGCCCUGGACGGGGCGCGAGGAGAGGGCUGCGGGCCUGUGCUGUUCCCGCCCUCCUCCCUUUGUCUAUUUAAACACAUGGACCGGAAGCUAUGUUGAAAUCUGUAAAUGUUUUAAAUAGUUAAAACAUCCAGCAGUUAGAUGUAACUGUUGAUUUUCCCACAAGGCUACUGAGUUUAUGUGCUGUUAUUCAGAAAUACAUAGAAAUGGUUGUCAUUGUCCUCCUCAUCUACGUGGCUGAAUAAUGCUCACUGUGUCGUGUGGCGGUUUAUUAAACUGUUCCCCGAAUGCUCA